CACCAAGCUUUUUCGCACAACUGAGUUCAUUUUCCCUCGAACCAAACAGACACUCCCCAUAUAUAAGAACGACACGGCGACACCAACCUGAUUGAUUCACAAACUAACUUGGCCCAAAUAGCCAGUGCAUGCCAUUGUUGUGCCCUGUGCGCAUAAUGUCACGCGCCGAAAUCCACUCACAUCUUCAACCAAAACGAGCAUCAAGAAGCACCCACACAACCACGUAGGAACCUAAUUUGCACGAAUCUCCAGGUGGGUGUCUCAGGAUAAACGUUCGCUUUCUUUCUUUCAUCUGGGCUUUGUCGAAGGUUGUUGAAUUUCGAUAAUGGAGAGCGAGAAGUACUCCAAGGAACUGGAUGUGGCCGUUAGAGUAGUCCACAUGGCAUGCUCUCUGUGUCAGAGAGUGCAAGAGGGGUUGGUUUCUACGAGCAGUGACCAGGUUAAAUCCAAGGACGAUGAUUCUCUUGUAACUGUUGCAGAUUGGAGUGUCCAAGCAACUGUUAGCUGGAUACUCUCAGACAUCUUUGGGUGUCAGAAUGUCUCCAUUAUUGCUGAAGAAGAUGUCCAAACUCUUUCCAAGGCUGAUUCAGCAGAUUUGUUGGCAGCUGUGGUGAACACUGUGAAUGAAUGCUUGGCUGAAGCACCCAAGUAUGGUCUUCAGAGACCAGACAAAGUCCUUGGAACUUCACAAAUUCUAGAGGCCAUCAGUCGAUGCAACUCAACUGGGGGCCCCACUGGAAGACAUUGGAUACUUGAUCCUGUUGAUGGCACAUUAGGGUUUGUACGUAAGGAUCAGUAUGCCAUAGCUCUAGCCUUGAUGGAGGAUGGAGAACUUGUUCUUGGUGUUCUUGGAUGUCCCAAUUAUCCCAUGAAGAAAGAAUGGUUAAGUUAUCAUCAUGAAUACUAUCAAAAUAUGUCCCUAUCGUCUCCACCCACUUCUGAUUCAUGGGAAAAAGGAUGUGUAAUGUAUGCAAGGAGAGGCAGUGGUAAGGCAUGGAUGCAACCAUUAGUCCGUGGACCAAAGAAGCUUGAAUGGCCAAACUCUGCUAGACUGAUUCGUGUUUCAUCUAUUAAUGAUCCAGCAUUGGCAACAUUUUGUGAAUCAGUGCAGAAUUCAAAUUCAAACCAUUCCUUCACAGCAGGAGUUGCUCACACCGUGGGGCUUAGAAAGCAGCCCUUGCGCGUCUACAGCAUGGUGAAAUAUGCGGCCAUAGCUCACGGAGAUGCCGAGAUAUUCAUGAAGUUUGCAAGAUCUGGGUACAAAGAGAAGAUAUGGGAUCAUGCAGCAGGUGUUGUCAUCGUAGAAGAGGCUGGUGGUGUGGUAACUGAUGCUGGAGGGAGACCCUUGGAAUUUUCAAGGGGAGUGUACUUAGAAGGUCUUGAUCGGGGCAUAAUUGCUUGCUCUGGGGCCACAUUGCAUGGGAAAAUCAUUGGAGCUGUUUAUGCUAGCUGGGAUUCCUCUAAUUUAUGAGCCUUUCUAUAUCAUCCCACUACACUGCUGAGGCGCUAUAUUGGGUACUCUUGCAGGGUAAGCUCUCUGCAUUAGUAUGUCAAUUUCUAAGGAACUAAUAAUAAAAAAUCUGAAACUUGGAUUUGGCUCAUUGAGCCAUUUUGACAGGCUUACUGAGCCAAAUUUUAUUGAGACUAUAAUAAAAUAUUGCAAAUACUGCUGGGGGAUUCCAAAAUUGAUAUUCUUUA